UCGCCGUCUGGACAGAAGUUGGAAGUGACUUUUGACAUGAUUAAUUUCCCAUGUUUGGAUACUUGCACAAGUUUUGUUGAAGUAAAGGCUGCUCGCAACAAAAUCCCCACGGGAGCACGACUAUGUUGUAAAGCUGGGCAAACUAUCUAUUCCGAAGACGACGACCUUAUUCUAAUUUUCAGAGGAGACGCAAAUAUUCAAGCAGGCUGGAGAGGAUUUACCGCUCGCUUUAGAUACUGUGAGUGCUCAUCUCUGCAACAAGAAGUAGUCAAACAUGAGAAAGUCAAAUUGCGAUUUUAG